GAACGACGCCAAUGGAGAAGUACGAGCAGGUGUUGUGUCUGGGCCGGGGAGGAGCGGCCGACGUGUUCCUGAUGAGGCACGUCGAGGCCAAGAGCCUGCGCGCCGUGAAGAGGAUCAAGGUCCCGGACACCGGGACGGCCAAAACCCAGCGCGCGCUCCUGCAGGAGGCGGAGAUCCUCAGCAGGCUCGAGCACCCUCACGUGGUCAAAUGCCACGAAGCCUUCGCCACCGACGGCUUCAUUUACAUCGUGAUGAGCUACUGCGACGGGGGCACGCUGGACGACCAAGUGAAGGGGAGGAAACCCACGGACUAUUUCCCAGAGUGCACCGUGAUGGGCUGGUUCUCACAGCUGGUUGUGGCUUUAAAUUACAUCCACGGGGUGAGGAUACUGCACAGGGACAUCAAGACGUCAAACGUGCUGCUCACAAAGGACGGUGUGGUGAAGUUAGGAGACUUUGGGAUCUCCAGGGUGAUGACGGACACGGCGGACAUGUCGUCCACGUGCGUGGGCACGCCCAGCUACCUGAGUCCAGAGCUGUGCCAGGACGUCCCCUACAGCUCCAAGUCGGACAUCUGGGCUCUGGGCUGCCUGCUGUAUGAGAUCUGUGCCCUCAGGCCUCCGUUUGCGGCCUCGAACCUCCUGAGUCUGUUCUACAAGAUCACCAAAGGGGAGUACGACGGCGUGCCGAGCGUCUACUCCGACGACGUCUCCUCUCUGGUCCGGAGGAUGCUGCGCCUCGACCCGGACGACAGGCCCACCGCCGCCCGGCUGCUCGACUCCGCCUGCGUGCGAGGCCACCUGGAGUCUGCCGAACACGUCACGAAGAGAGAGGAAGAAAAGCAGCAGCUCGACCCGGAGGCCGCUUCCAGCGACGAGGAGGCCGAGCGCGAUGCGUCGUGCGCGGGAGGAUCGAACCACUGCGACUAUCCGGAGGACUUCGAUGAAGAUGAAAGCUUUCUCUCUCUCGAGGAGAAAGUGGGGUCGCCCACGAGGAGCGAGUCUGCUGAGCCUCUUGUAUUUUCGGAGGCGUCUGACGUCUCGGAGCAAGUCGAGUACCCGGACGACUUCGAGGAAGCCGACGUGGACGAAGAAGACGAGGACGAAGCUCGCCGCGCUGCCCCUCAGCACGACGACGCAGCGGAGGAGGAGUUCAGGCUCUGCGACGCCGGAGGGUUGAGCAUCACAUUGAAGGCACUGAGGGAAAACGGCUAGAAGAGAAGCACAUGGACGGGCCGCGGAGGGGAAUGAAGAGAAAUAAAGGACAAGUGGAACAGGGAGAUGUCUCACAGGGGCCUCAUCGGUGAAGGUUUUAUGCAAUCGCUGUUAAAAAAACAUGCUUGAGAGACAAUAAAGACGUUUUCCUGCCAGAUGAGGUGGAGAACGUGCUGCUCAGGGCGGCUGUUGAGUCCAAUGAUGGUGGUCAUGAUGCAUGGAAGAGGAGACUGUAUUAUUAUUCAAGUUCUCUAAUUUUAGAAAAGCACACCUACAGUUACACAGGUUGUUCUGAAAUGAAAAAAAUAUAUAAUAUAAUGGAUAUUAAGUUCCAUAAACUGUCUCUAAUUCUAAUUGUUCAUGUUUAUUUUAUAAGUGUUGGUAAAAAUCACACAUUUCAU